AUGGAAGUUCUUCCAAAGACAGCAGGUGUUAACAAACGGAAUAAAGAGCUAGAAAUUCUCUCCUUGCACAAUGUUACUUUUGAAGACGCUGGGGAAUAUACUUGCCUGGCGGGGAAUUCUAUUGGUUAUUCACAUCACUCUGCUUGGCUGACGGUAUUACCAGCAGAAAAACGGGUUGCAAGAAAGGAUUCCAGCUCGUUUUACGCAGGCAUCCUCAGCUACGGGGUCGCCUUCGCGCUUUCCAUCCUGGUGGCCGUGAUGGUGAUGAUUUAUAAAAUUAAAAGGCCGGCCAAAAAAGCCAUGAACGCCUCCGCAGUCCAGAAAGUCUCCAAGUUCCCCCUCAAGAGACAGGUGUCCCUGGAGUCCAACUCAUCCAUGAACUCCAACACGCCUCUGGUGAGGAUCACCCGCCUCUCCUCCAGCGAGGGCGCCAUGCUGGCCAACGUCUCCGAGUUGGAGCUGCCAGCAGAUCCCAAAUGGGAAUUGGCGAGAUCUCGCUUGACUCUGGGGAAGCCGCUGGGCGAAGGCUGUUUCGGUCAAGUGGUGAUGGCUGAAGCCAUGGGCAUCGACAAGGAGAAACCAAGCCAGCCUGUGACUGUAGCCGUCAAGAUGCUGAAAGAUGACGCCACAGACAAAGAUCUCUCUGACCUGGUCUCAGAAAUGGAAAUGAUGAAGAUGAUCGGGAAGCACAAAAAUAUUAUUAAUCUCCUGGGGGCUUGCACGCAGGAUGGUCCUCUCUACGUCCUUGUGGAAUAUGCCUCCAAGGGGAAUCUAAGGGAAUAUCUGAGAGCUCGUCGCCUACCCGGCAUGGAUUAUUCCUUUGAUACCUGCAAGAUGCCUGAGGAACAGCUGGCCUUUAAGGACUUAGUCUCCUGCGCCUACCAGGUGGCCCGAGGGAUGGAGUAUCUGGCUUCUCAAAAGUGCAUUCACCGGGACCUAGCUGCCAGAAAUGUUCUGGUCACGGAAGACCACGUGAUGAAGAUAGCGGACUUUGGCCUAGCCAGAGACGUCCAUAACAUCGACUAUUACAAAAAAACAACUAAUGGCCGGCUGCCGGUGAAAUGGAUGGCUCCUGAAGCCUUGUUCGACCGUGUCUACACUCAUCAGAGUGAUGUGUGGUCCUUUGGGGUGCUGCUGUGGGAGAUCUUCACUUUGGGAGGGUCUCCCUAUCCAGGAAUCCCGGUGGAGGAACUCUUCAAGCUGUUAAAGGAAGGCCACCGAAUGGACAAGCCCGCCAACUGUACCCCAGAUUUGUACAUGAUCAUGCGGGAGUGCUGGCAUGCGGUGCCUUCUCAGCGGCCAACCUUUAAGCAGCUGGUCGAAGACCUGGAUCGGGUGCUGACUGUGACCUCCACGGACGAAUACAUCGACCUGUCUGUGGCCUUCGAGCAGUACUCCCCCAAAGGCCACGACACGCACAGUGCCUGCUCCUCGGGAGAUGACUCCGUAUUUGCACACGAGCUGCUCGCCGAGGAGCCCUGCCUUCCGAAACCGCAGGCCAACGGCAUCAUCAGGACAUGAGGACAGAGGCUGAGCCUCAAAAACGAGAUUCGUGAAUGUAUGUCUGAUGGGAACUCCGGAGCGAGAUCCCCAGGAGGAAAUGGAGCCUCCUUCUGCUCCACGGCACGGAGGGGGGGCAGUGCGUGGCCGUGAAGCCGUGGCACACCGAACGGGCUUCCUUCCGAUUUCUCUUGCCAAACACCCGGAAACCUUAAAAGGCAAAGGAGGGGAUGGGGGGGGGGGCCUUUGAGCCCGUUUUCUCUGCCUGCAAAUUCUAGGAGUGGGUGGGAAAAUGACAAAAAAAACCAACGAAACCCCCCCAUGCAAAGAAGGUAGGAAGCGUUGCCCUUGUGCAACCCCUACACGCCUCCCCUCUGGGAGGGCUCCGUAGCUACGUUGCCUGCAGGGAAUCCUAAGUAAGUACUGGUUUUAUAUUUAAUAAAUAUGAAACGCCACCUUCUACUUAAGGGCGCAUUCAAAGCCAUUCUGAGGAGUUAAUCACUCUCAAGAGCGCUAAGCCUCUUUCAAAGCCGCCUCCCCUUUUCUCGCGGUGGGAACUAUGCCGCCUCUUGCACUAACGGCUGGGUAAGUGAGUGUAUGCAGGCAAGACGAGGCGUGAAGGCCUGGAGGUGUUGCAAGCUCUAGGAAAUUGUGUGUGUGUGUGUUGGGGUGUGCGUGUGUGUGUCAUUUGUUAAUGAGUGUGUAGCAGUGACUUUGGCUAACCUUUCCAGGGGGUUUCUAUGAACUGUAAUGUGCAUCAAACCGAAAUUCUGCUAUUUGCUACAUUUAUUUAGCUAUUUUCUGGGUGAGUUUUUUUGUAGAUAAAGUUUAAAUAUAUUUGUAACGGAGGUCCAUACAUUUUCCCCAGGAAUCUAUUAUCAAACACUUGGAGAGAGAGAGAAAAAAAAAGAUAUUACGGGUACCCCAUAGUCUGCCUUUCAACGAAUCACAAAGUUUUGUUUCCUACAAUUGUGCAUAUACCUAUAAAUAGCUCUUGUGUGUAUAUAAUAUCUUUGAUAUUAACACGGCUGGCGAGACUGAAGAAGGAUUUAUUCCAGUUGAAAAUUCUUCCAGAGUAGGGCCUACUGAUUUAGGCAAAGGUCUUCUUUGAUCUUGUCGGCUCGUUUUGUUUUAAAAAAUUAUAUUUUAACAUGUAUAUUUGUAAAAUUAUUUAUAGAUAUUAACAUAUGUUCAUUAAUGUAUACAUUUAAUUUUUUCAUCAGAUUUAAGGAUUUUAACUUAUUAAAAAUAGAGGAAGAUUAUUCAAGAUUGUUUUUCUGAAUUCCUGAGAAAUCUUAGAAAAAUGUAUAGCUGUAUAGCCCUUCAACACAUUACUUUAAUACUAAUUUUUCUUUAUAAAACAAAAACAAAAAAA